ACCUGAACAUUAUGACUUUUUCCUGUGGGGAUUUCAGACUGGAAGCACUUGAUAAUACUUUAAAUGAACUUCAGAAUGAAAAGAAAUUUUUACAAACCUCACUUGAUCAAUAUAAAAACAAAAGACUUCACCUUGAACAGAUUUUGGAGUCUGUUAAUAGCAAGCACACGCAAAUAUCAGAUCUGCAUAGAAAGCUAUCAGUGACUCUUCAAGUUGGAUAUCAUAAAGUAGCACAGACCCAAAGCCAGAUAUUAAGUUUAGAAGAUCACAUUGAAAAGCAAAGAGACAACAUAAAGAAUACUUUAAAGAUAUUUGAGGAGCAAAAAACUAAUCAUUUAAAUAACACAAAAGAACUAGAGAAACAGUUAUCUGAUAUUGCUCAGAAACUGAGAAAUGCUAAAGCAUUCUAUACUGAAAGCAAUUUAUCUAAUGAAACCAAUUUGAUACUAAAGAAACAAAAAGAAACAGAGGAAAAAAUUCUGACUACCAAGGCAGAUGUUGAAGCUAAAAAAGACAAACAACUUCAACGGCAACAAUAUUUCGAAGAGUUUAAAUCCAACUUUAUGGAAGGUUUCACCGAAUCCUUCAAACAAAUUGUUUGGAAAAUAUUCCAGUUGGAGAAUGAAAUUUACAAUGAAGAAUAUCUUGUUUUGAAAGAACAGUUUGAAAUACUAAAAGACAGAACAAAUCUGACAGACUGAAAGCAAUAUAUUUUAUUUCUAAUCACAAUUAUUUCACUUUGCCUCUUGAACAGCUGUUUACCAAGAAUUCUUUAUGAUAGUAUUUUUCCCCCAUUUUCCUUGUAUUUUCUUCUUAAUAUAUUUAUUUGGUUUAAUUCAUAUUCUUUAUUGUUUUAAUGCUAACUUUUGUCAUA